AUGGGGGGUGUUUGGGAGCGGGCUAUUGGCAGUGCUCGCAAGAUCUUGGAUUCUAUGCUUCUUCAAGAAGGGCCUAAAGAUCUGACACAUGAGGUGCUAGUUACGCUUAUGGCCGAAGUCUGUGCAAUUCUCAACUCCCGCCCGAUAGCGGCAAUUGAUACAGACCCAUCGUCUCCUAUGGUAUUGAGUCCAAACAUUUUACUGACCCAGAAGCAGGGAGAGAUUGGAACAAUCUCGGACCAUUUGAGCAUCAAAGAUAUGUACUCUGCAAGUUGGAAACAUGUCCAGGUGUUAUCUGAUAUGUUUUGGAAAAAGUGGCGUGCCACCUAUUUGGAGAGCUUACAGAGGAGACGUAAGUGGUGUUCUAGCAAACAGAAUCUGAAGACCGGAGACAUUGUUUUGUUGCGCGAGAAAGAUGUUCAUAGGAAUAUGUGGCCAUUGGGGAUAGUCGAGCGCCCAAUUGAGAGCAACGACAGAUUGGUCCGAAAGGCUGUCAUUCGUGUCGUCAAGGAUGGAAAGGUGACGACCUACACCAGACCUAUUGCGGAGAUGGUACUUCUUCUGGAAUAG